AUGAAUGAUCAAAUAGAUAAAAUGGAGAAUCGAUAUACUAUGACCAAACUGGAAGAUAGAUUUAAAACCUUCCAAGAUGGUGUUAUGCUUGACAGAAAAAAGUUGAGAUGGAGUUUUAAAGUCAUUCCGUAUCAGGCAAUGGCCAAGCUUGGAUUUUACUUCGAUCCAGUGGUAGAUCCAAAGACGUCUAAAUUGAGGAAAGACUCUGUGGGAUGUUGUUAUUGCCGCCAUCGAACAUAUGAUAUAAGAGAAUGCAGAUCCAAAAGGAAAGAUGUUCUUGAAACGCUGAGUAAUAUUAUGAGGAAACACCUGACUGAUUCGAAUAGUAAACAAGCAUGCCUUUUGAUCUACCUGCGAAAUAAGCUAUUGACGGAUCAUUGCUUUCAUAUGGGAGUCUCAGACUGGAAAAAUGACAAGUAUUUUAGCAACCCAGAUAGUGAAAACGUAGUUAGCUUGAGAAAAUUUACUUUUGAGAAUAACUGGCCUCACAAUGACGCCCAAAACGCACACCAACUUGAUAUAAAAAACAUGGUUGACGCGGGACUCGUACGCUAUAACUUCAGUGUAGAAGGAUUAAGCAAUCCAAACAUGGAUAAGACGCUCAUGAAUGACUCCUGUUAUUGUAUUUAUUGCAAACAGCUUUUGCAAGGUUGGUCCAUUCAUGAUGAUCCGGUGAAACGACAUUAUGAGGUUUCUAAAAAUGGAGAUUGUUACUUCUUCCAAACGCGUAACCGAUUUGAAAAGAAAAGAUAUGGCAAGACCAGUAUUAUUGACGCUUCAGAGACUAGCAUUAAAAAUGAUGAGAUCAUCGCUACACUUGAUGAAAAGAGGGAAGAAGAUGUGAUGGUAGUAAAAAGCACAUCUCAAAGGCAGGAUAUCUUAUCUCGUUCUCCUUCAUCUAGCAUUGGUCCUCCAAUUGAUUAUGAUAAUCGGUCGAAUAAUUCGGUUAUUCAACACAAUACGGGUGUUCUUAGGGGAACAAAAGGCGGGCAUGGAAAACAGGUUAAUGUGGAAGAAAAAGAACAGAUUAAUUCAGAGGGUGUGGGCACAUUCUUGGAGGGGCAGAGUAUCACCCGUGAUAUAUCAUUGGAUGAAAACGAUACUUUGUUUAUGCCUUCUACCAAGAAAGUUAAACGUCCAAAUGCUGAUUUGACUCAAUUAUCAUCUCCUAUAAGAAAGAGAAGGAAGUUCAAAAGAAUAUCCCCUAGAAAAAUCUAUGAUGAUGAUGGUAGCGACCUUGAUAAUAAUACUAACGGGACAGAAAGCAAAGAUAAAGAUUUAGUAAUAGAUUUUACAAGCCACAUCAUCAAAACUAGAGACGUCGGGAGAAAAAAUGCUAUUUUAGAUGACAGUACAGAUGAAUUUAGUUUCAGUAACCAAGGACAUAGUACCUUUGACAUACCUAUACCGACUUCAUCACAUUUACUCAGGGGCAUAGAUUCUGAUAAUAAUAUUGUUACACAGGAGGAUAUUAUUGGUGUGAAGAUAGAUACAAAAGGAGAAUCGUUCAAAGAGGGUAGUUGUUCUGUUAAAACUGAGGAAGAUGUAAAAGUCAGCGGUAUAAAACCCAUUGAUAAUACCAAAAAUGCUAAUAUUCUUAUAAAAGUGCCAACUAUAGAUCGGAAGUUAGAUGAAGUUAAUACAGGUACGUGCUCCUUCAGUGUAACUUCAGAGCCGUUAGAGACACAUGGGUUAAGCGGAAAUAACUUUGAGAAGGUAGAAGCACGUAUAGAAAACUCUCAAUACAAAAACGAUGCAACAAUACGGAAAUCUUCAGAUACAUUUCAUUCUGGUAAAUUGUGUAGUAUUUCCAGUAAAAUUACCACAACACCAAAAGGGAAAUCGAGUGUGAGUGACUGCGAGACAUCUGAUGUAUUCCUAAUCAAAAGAAUUCCUGCAGAAGGUCAUUCUGAACCAAAGAAAAAGUUAGAAGAACCAGAAAGCUUACCAUUAAAUGGAAGAACUGUUGCAACGCUAAGAAAACUGGAUAAUAUUAACAUAGAUGUAAACUUAUCGGCAUCUGAUUUUUCAAUCUCAUCGCACUCUGAGCAAUCGUCUAAAAGUUCAAGCGCUAUCUCAACACCAAUAGCAAGUCCUAAAAUAAACUACACACGCAGCAUACGUGCAGUCAAGGAGCUCUCUGGCGUUGAAAAAGAAAUUUUCUAUGACAAAGGUUUAAGUAAUAAUCAUGAAAGUAUGAAAACACACGAAGAUGCACCUGUGAAGAAUGAAACACUAGAUGAUGAGGUACCAUUUUUUGAGACUGGUACACCAAUUUCAUCUCAAGAAAACAAGUCAAAAAAGUUAUUUGACGAAGAAUUUUUGGAUAAGUGUUUGGAUGUGCCUAUUGACACAUCAACGGUGGAGAUUAGAAAUGUUCAUAAGACUACAUCUCGGUCGAUCCCACCAAUCACUAACAAUUCGAUGUCCGCCACAGAGUUUCAGCCAGAUUUUCCACGCAUAGAAGAACAAAGAAAGGAAAUAAACACAAAUCUGGUGAAGGAGGAGGGCAGAGUAGGGGAAGCGGAUGCAGGAGAAUGGUUUGGAAUUGAUGAAAAUAGGCUUCUUGUAAAAAACUACUUCCAUGAUUUAUUGAAGUAUAUAAACAACAAUGACGCUACGUUGGCUAAUGACAAAGAUGGAGAUCUCGCCUUUUUAAUUAAGCAAAUGCCCAAUGAAGAGUUGGAAAUGACGUUUAACAGUUGGGUGGAUCUGAAAGUGCAAUCUAUCAAACGUGAGUUUAUAGAUGAUUGUGAUAAGAAGUUGAAUAUAUUGAGAAGUAAUUACUAUACCGCUACCACCUAUGUUGAAAAUUUGGAAGACGAUGACGAACUAAUAAAGAUUGCCAAGAAAAUGGGUAUUUUAUAG